GUUCGAGUGGGAGGAGUUCGAUUUCUCUUAAGUAAAAUCUUGAGUUUAAGUAUUGUGAAUGGAAAAACAGGCAUUGAGAGAGCUUCCCCUUAAUAAGGGUGAUUGAAAGUUGGUUUUGGUGAUGCCGUUUUUCAGGUUUCUUUUGGGAGAUUCGAAAGAUGAUUGUUUUGUUUGAGACUCCAGCGGGGUUUGCCCUUUUCAAAGUUUUGGAUGAAGGGAAACUCUCUAAGGUUGAGGACUUGCAGAAAGAUUUCUUGGAUGCAGAUUCGGCAAGAAAGUUUGUGAAGUUGAAAGCGUUUUCUAAGUUUGAAAACACAGCAGAAGCUUUGGAAGCAGCAACCAAACUGAUUGACGGGGCACCUAGCAAAGGUCUGCGCAAAUUCCUGAAAGCUCAUUGUGAAGGGGAAACAUUGGGAGUAGCUGACUCAAAGCUUGGAAAUGCAAUUAAGGAGAAAUUGAAAAUAGAAUGUGUUCACAGUAAUGCUGUCAUGGAGUUGUUGAGAGGUGUGAGGAGUCAGUUGACUGACCUCAUAUCUGGUCUAGCGGUUCAAGAUUUGGCCCCAAUGAGUUUGGGUUUAUCUCACAGCCUUUCUAGAUACAAGCUGAAGUUCAGUGCUGAUAAGGUGGAUACAAUGAUUGUCCAGGCCAUUGGCUUGCUUGAUGAUCUUGACAAAGAGCUGAACACAUAUGCAAUGAGAGUUCGUGAAUGGUAUGGCUGGCAUUUUCCUGAGCUUGUCAAGAUUGUACAGGAUAACAUCCUUUAUGCUAAGACUGUGAAGCUAAUGGGUGACCGGGCAAAUGCUGCAAAGCUUGACUUCUCUGAGAUAUUACCAGAAGAAGUUGAGACAGAGUUGAAAGAGGCAGCUGUUAUAUCUAUGGGAACUGAAGUUAGUGACCUUGAUCUGAUAAAUAUCAAAGAACUCUGUGAUCAAGUUCUGUCUCUAGCUGAAUACAGAGCUCAGUUGUAUGAUUACUUGAAAAGCAGGAUGAACACAGUUGCACCAAAUUUGACUGCUCUUGUUGGGGAGCUUGUUGGUGCUCGCCUCAUCGCUCAUGGGGGCAGCUUGUUGAAUCUUGCAAAACAACCUGGGAGCACCGUUCAGAUUCUUGGUGCAGAAAAGGCUCUUUUCAGAGCUCUAAAGACAAAGCAUGCAACUCCCAAAUAUGGGCUUAUCUACCAUGCAUCUGUGGUGGGCCAGGCAGCACCAAAGCACAAGGGCAAGAUUUCUAGGUCACUUGCUGCAAAAGCUGCUCUGGCAAUUCGCUGUGAUGCUCUUGGAGAUUCCCAAGAUAACUCUAUGGGACUUGAGAACCGAGCCAAGGUUGAGCCAGCCAAGACAAAUGGUGGUGUCACAGAAAAGAAAUGCCAUAGUCGUACAAGUCCUGUUAUGCAUUCUGAGCCUGUGAAUGGUGUCCCAAAAAUGGUUGAUGAUUUCAUCAACAAACCCCAGAUUGUUCAAAAUGUUACUUCACCUUGGGUCUCUGACUACAAGCAAAGCUCUCCGACAAAGGUUGAACCAAUUGCAACUAAUGGUAGCGUCACCACACCAGCUAAUUAUCCAAAAAUCAAUGAGUUCUUCAACACAGUUCAAACUGAAGCUAGCAGACCUAGGUUGGGGCCUUUAGGUGCUACAUAUGGUUAUGGUGGUGACUUGGCCAACAAGGCAGGACAACCUAGAAAUGAAGCAGUUAUGAUCUCUAGUGGGGGAUGGUCUAGGCCAAGAAGUCACGUAACAUGGGCAUCACCACCAGAGGGCUCUUCCCCUAAUCCAACAAAUGGUAUCAACACAGCCAUAGAGUACCCAAUGAAAAUUGAAAAACCUUCACCCGUGAUUAAUACCCCUCCUGGUUCACAAGUUGCGACACCGUCACACCGGUCUCGACAGGAUGGAGAACAGAUGGUGAUGUCUCGGCAAUUGAUGGCAGAGAAGCUGCAAGGAGAUAUGCCAACUUCAACUUCUCAUCUAUGUACCCAAAAAAUGAAGCUUACGGUGCCAACUUUAACUACUCACCCAGGUACCCAAAAUAUGAAGAUUUCAGUGCCAACUUCAACUUCUCACCUAGGUAUCCAAAAAAUGAAGCUUACAGACCCACCAUUGAUAGCAGGGAGGCUGCGAGGAAAUAUGGCGGCACAACUGUGUGAAAUAAGCUUUUCUUAUGGAUCCUAUGAAGCAAUUGCAUUAUACAUCAACUAAUUAUUUUUCUUUUUCUUUUGCCAUGAAAGUUUUUGUUGUUGUCUUUUUCCUUUUUUCUUUUUUCUUUUUUGUUCUUUUUUUGCCAUCUAAAGGCUUUCGCUCUUUCAUUCAUGAUAUACUAAAUGAAUAUAUUCAAUAAAUAGUUAUUAAACUU